UACACAAAUUUCCAACCCAUCAAAAUGACAGACGAAAGCAGAGUUUCCUUGGGAGAUGACCGAAACGACAAGAGGAAGGUGGACGAUUUUACUGCGUUAUACAAUCUGGACGCCGCUUCCUCAGCUCGUGGUCUGGUCGACAACGGCCAGGAAGGGGCUUUUAAAAAGAUAAAACACGAACCUGGAUCUGGGUCUGGUUCAUCGAUUGGAGGGGUAGGGGCGGGAGGGACGGGCACGGGCACGGGACACAACCCAUCGUCCUGAUGCACCCCCGCGCGCCGGCGACACCGGACGACUUUUACACAAGAACAACUACAGGAGCUGGAAGCCGCUUUCUCAAAAUCCCACUAUCCGGAUAUCUACUGUCGGGAAGAACUUGCUCGUAUUACCAAACUUAAUGAAGCGCGGAUACAGGUAUGGUUCCAGAAUCGCAGGGCCAAGUAUAGAAAACAGGAGAAACAACUAGCCAAGUCACUAUCCCCGGUCAUCAACCCUGCCUGCAACGGUAUGAUGCGGAAUAUCUACCCAACGACGUCACGGCCUUAUGCGGCCUAUCCUACCCCUUCGAAUAUGAACACAAUGGCGCGCUACCCGCAGAUGAACACCGCGUAUCCUCCAGUCGCCCAGUUCGGAGGUAUGAGUAGUAUGCCUACAGGCAACAUGGCGUCAAUGCCUCGCCAAGUCCAACAGUUCCAGAUGACGUCAGACUACAAUUUGGAAUCUCAUGAAGACGACUGGUACAAUAAGAGUUUGACUGCACUCCGGAUGAACAAUGCUCACCAUGGAUUGUCAAAUUCUGUUCUUCAGUAUCAGGCGUGACUGAGAGAUUCGGCGACUCCUGGCGCCGGGGCGCCUACCUAUUUAUGUGAGCAAUAGACAAUCGGCGUGUCAGCGCUGCGAAAGCCAACCACAAGUGAAUAAACAAAACUUACUUCAACAGUAUUACAACAGUAUUACGAGGACAAUUCUUAAAGGCAACCAUAAGCAACCGCUUAUAGUUCUCUGGUCAAAUCAACAUUGAUAAAUCAUUCGUGGUGUUGAAAUGUAGCGACAAUGCAUGGAAUUCCUGACUUUAAAUCAUUUGUGGAGAACCCGCUUCACUUCAGUGCUUGCCAAAAUCACAUGGAAACUCAUUCCAUUGAAGGAGGGCAUUUGUAAAUAUUUCGACGAGCCCUUGUCAAAACAGUUUUAGUGGCAAAUCUGUGCCAUAAUACUUAAAGGAGUUGAAUAUUGAGUAGUUGACAGAUGUGAGUUACCUACUGGAUGUGGAUUGCCAUUAAAACAUUACCUAAUAAUGCCACAGUCAGAUGUUUUAACGUAUGAAGAUACCAUGUCCAACUGAACAUUUGUUCAAUAUGCAUGUGAAACACAUCAUAGGCGACUAGUAGACAAUUUGAUUUAUAACAUGCAAUAGUAUUGUACCAUGUUGUAUACUUACAGAGACAAUGCUUUUAUGGGGAAUUAUAUAUAUUAUUUACAUGUUUUAUUAUUACUAUUAUUAUACAUAACUAUAUAUAAAUGGUUCCACUUUUAGAUAUUGUGAAUUACACGUGUAUAGAAGCAAUAAUGAAUGUUAUGUAAAAUAUGUAAUGAUUGUGUAACUUAUGAUUUGUUUUUAUUGAAGAUAAAAUCAAGGGUUUUCCAAAUAAAUUUAAUAUCAGUAAAAUAGCGAAAUAUCGAAUUCUCUGUUUGACAGCAAUCAUUCCAAUAUAUACCAUAUAUUAAAUGGCCGUCUACGUCCAUUAAACAAUAUAGUGCAAGACAAGUUUCGAUUGAUCACAUUACAACAAAAAUUCCAUGAACAAUUAUUAGUUUCUGCCAACAUAUUAAUUUGUAAUAGUAAAAUCGACUCGAUUCAUAAAUAGACGAUGAUGAUUAUAUAUUCGUUUAAAACUCCUUGAUUUUGUCUCUCAAGCUUCGUACAUGUGCCAUGCUGGUACAUUUGUGAACAGCCAAAUAUAUAUUGUACAUAUCACUGAGAAUGAAUCAACCUUUAUAAUAGACACGAUGAAAACAUA